AUGGCCGAGAUCUAUAAUACCGAUCGUUUCGCGGAGCUAUAUUAUCCGUCCAACACGGCCGAGAUCAUGCAGCUCGGUCUCGCUGGUAGAUUCAUAGCGACUCUUUUGGAAGAUCACCAGAUCACGUAUGCUUUCAUCGGCGGAUGGGCCGUCUAUUUAAGGGGCGGAAGCCGUACGACGAGGGAUAUUGACAUCUCCGUAAAGACUACCAUGGAUCACCUGAGGGAGAUUCUCAUGGCACAAUCCCGACUACAUUUUCCGGCGAUACACGGCAAUACUUCGGUUCAGGUCUUUAUUGAUGUCGGGCGUACAUUUGAUCAGGACUUCCCCACAUUCCUGACUUGGCGCAGCGACGAUAGUGCUAAUCAUUUAGAGCAAGGGAACCUUGGCACACCUGUUGAUCUUGGAUCCUCGAGGGAAUCCAUUAUGCCUGUAUGGCCGACCCCGCAGGGAUCACCCGUUCUGGUGCUCGGGCUCUUCUUCCAGAUUUACGCGAAGCUCGAUGCGUUCUCCCGGCGUGGUGGAGAAGGCAGCAACGACUUUUUGGAUCUGGAAUUCUUAUUCUCAACAUAUGCGACUCAGAUACCCAGUCUACGAGACUACUACGACUUAGAACAGCGAAGGUACUUUUGGAAACAUUAUGCCACGGCAUAUGUGACCUUCCCAGAGCAGGUUGAAAAUAUGAAAACACUGCUUGGGGUUUGA